CCGAUGUCAGAUUCAAUAGCAAAAACAUUCAACAGAAACCAAUAAAAUUCCAACUUUUUUGCAUAAAAUGAGGCUAAAAUAGAACCAACGGCAUCAACCAUCCCAUAGCAAUGAAUCACCUUCAAAAUUUAAAGAGUCGUAUACUUCUAUCGGGAAGAUUCUUACAACCUUCGAUCAUUUCACAAGCGAAGCGUUUUAGAAAGAAGCAAACACCGUGUGACGUUUGUUACUACCCAUUAGAUAAGAAACCGUGCUUUAACAUUAAAGACGUAACCGUCGAGCAUGGUAACCAAUGCCACGCGAAGCUGAUCAGGUCGUUUCUCUUCACAAACUACUGGACGCGGGAGCCCAGCGUUGUGGGGCUGUGGAUGUGCCUCGAUUGCCCUUAUUUGGAGAUUCUUACUGACAAAUAUGCCCAUACAGGCGAUCGUCUCUUAGCUUUUGAAUUCAUCCACCGUACCAAAGAGAAGAAGCUGGUUGGAGUCAGCGUGGCCAACAAGACGUUUCCAUGGAUGAUCGACGAGUAUGAGGAAUGGGCGCAUUACACCGUCUGCAAAGCUGAGCGACACCGCAUGUAUUUUAUUGCACAUUGCUUGAAGAGUCCCAACCUGUUCAGGAAAUACAACGUCAACUAUUUAUAUGAUAUAGAGGUUCUGGGAACAGCUUCAGAAGUAGCAGGUCAGGGCGUUGCCACACUCCUCCUGCAAGCAGCCCUGGAUCACGCGGAGGAGCUGAGGCAUCCACUCGCGCACGUCAUCUCCGUCAACCAUUACGCAUCGAAAAUUUGUGAGAAAUGUGGCAUGAAGCGUGAAUGGUCCAUGGAUUACUCGGACUUCAUCGACGACGCUGGACAAAAAGUCUUCUUCCCUCGCCGACCUCACCUGAAUGUCAGUGUUUAUACAAAACACUUUGAUCCAGCAUUGGGAGGAAAGGAGCCUUGCAGACCUCUCCCAGUUUAGUGAUCAAAUCUUAUGAGAAGAGCUUACGCAUGAAAUAAUAAAACUUCCAAAAUAUAUUUCAAAAAAAAAUUCCAAUCA